AUGCUGAAGGAGGUUGGCUGCGGGAGCAGCACACCCCCGCCGGGGGAUGGUGCGAUCGGUAAUCGGCAGGUCACCACCAGCGAGAACAACAACACUGAGGUGAGCCUCGGCUGCGGGGGUUGCGGUAGGGAGAUAUCGGAGCGAUGGUACCUAAGGGCUGCCGAUCGUGCCUGGCAUUGCGGCUGUUUGCGCUGCUGCCAUUGCCGUGUCCCCUUGGCAGCGGAGCUGACAUGCUUCGCCAGGGACGGCAACAUCUACUGCAAAGAGGAUUAUUAUAGGUUGUUCGCCGUCUCGAGAUGUUCACGUUGCCGAGCCGGUAUCUCCGCCUCGGAGCUGGUGAUGCGAGCGAGGGAUCUGGUGUACCACGUGGCCUGUUUCACUUGCGCUUCAUGCGGCACCCCGUUGAACAAGGGCGAUCAUUUCGGGCAGAGGGACGGCCUGGUUUAUUGUAGACCUCACUAUGAGUUGCUCUGCUGCGCGGGGGAUUACGGGAGCGCAGCCGGAAGCAUCGAGGACAUCGGUUCGCCGGGGGUGUCGCCGCUUCCGGCUUAUUACAGCGCCGCGGAGCAGAGCCCAAUCACGUCGUCCGGCACCGUGCAGAAGGGCAGACCAAGGAAACGGAAGCUGUCGGAAGUAACCGGCUCCGAACUACCCGUCACGAUGAGGCUGGCUGCUGGGGCGCUCGAGCUGCUCCAUCCCACCGAACUGUCCUCGUCCAUGGAGUCACUGGCGGCGUACGACGCGUCUGUCGGGUCACCUGGCCCCGUCCACCAGAGCCAACGAACGAAGCGCAUGAGAACGAGCUUCAAGCACCAUCAGUUGCGAACGAUGAAGAAUUAUUUUGCUAUAAAUCAGAACCCGGACGCGAAGGACCUCAAGCAACUGGCACAAAAGACGGGGCUCUCGAAGAGGGUGCUUCAGGUCUGGUUUCAAAACGCCCGUGCGAAAUGGCGACGGAACAUGAUGAGGCAGGAGGGCAACACAUCGGUGAGCAACGUGGGUUGCCCCGGAACCCCGGUGCCAUCUAGCACAGGCGGUUCGCCGAACGUGGGACCGUCGGCAAGCAUCCUCGGGGACAGCAACAGCAUGCCGUCGACCUCGAUGGAGGAGCUCCACGCUCUUCAUCACCUACAUUCCGGCGUUUCCUCCCAGGUCUCGUUCUCCGAUCUUUACUGA